GCUUCAGCAGGGAUGGGCUUGUGCAUUCUAUUCUUGCUAUUGUGCUGACUGAUUAACUGAGUGAGUGGUGUAGCAUUUAUCUGCGCUAAUAACUGGUUUCCUAAUUAUAGAACAUUCUGAACGUUGCCUCUUUCCCCCCUCUCAGUCAGUUUAAUAAUAGAUAGAGGGGUCAAUCCCUUGCUGGCUAAUUAUAGGAACAUUCUAAACACUGUCAUUCCCCUCAUCUCUGUCUCUGUCUCUGUCUCUGUCAGUUUUCCCCCAGAGCAAAGCAGUCUCUCGAUCCAUCUGGACCCAAUCCCUGUUUGCUGGUGUUUGAUCACAGGUUGAAAUGGACCCUCCAGUUGCCGAUCCUGGACCAACCAAGGAUGAAGGUGUUGGAUCUAAGGGUGAAAUGGAUCUUCCAGUUGCCAAUCCUGGACCAGUGAGGGAUGAUGGUGCGCUUCUCCAGUGCCCGUAUUGUGAUUCCGAAGCAAUGCACAAACUAGCGCAAUUCUUGCUCCCUGGUUUGGCUGCGGUCUGUGUCGACGGUACGACGGGUGAUCUGUUCAGGAACCCGUCUGUUGUUGCUGUUGACCUCAGGCAAGAAAUGGUGGACUACGUUACACAAAGAAGUGAAACGUUCAUAGCUGAUACUCUCAUUGAAUCGGAGGUGGAACAAAACGCCGAGAAUCAAAUGCCAGAUGACCCUUAUGAGAUCAUAUCAAUCUUCAUGGAUGAUUUCAGUCGCACGAAAAGGAAUAUCAUUGGCCAUGUCUCUGGGUGGUUGCUAAGUGACAGUCGCGAAGAUAAGAUCGAUGAUUUUGUCCAAGAAAUGGAUAUGACCCGCUUCUGGCCGUUAGAGAGGAGAGAAGCAAUCGCCGAGGUCCUCCUCAAGAAUGUGGACAUUAAAACCAAGUUCCACUGCCCUGAGAAAUAUGAAGAUGAAGAACGUCUUGCUCAUCACAAGGCACAGUGUAGCUUCAGGCCUGUCACUUGCCCGAACGAUGGAUGCCGAGCGAAAGUUUCUGUCCGGUGCAUGCAGGAUCAUGAUGCAGCUUGUCUCUUCAAGAUCCUUCAGUGCGAGCAGAACUGCGAGAAACGGCUUCUGAGGCGUGAUAUGGAUAGACAUUGCGUUACUGUCUGCCCCAUGAGGCCCAUGAAGUGCCCUUUCGGUUGUGAUUCUUCGUUCCCUGAACAUAACCUCGAGGAUCACUGUUCAGAGUGUCUCCAGCAGCACCUGCUUAAGGUCCUUCAGGUGAUUCACAAGAAAGCUUUGACGGCUGAUCAGCUGAAUGACCGUGCUCUAGAGCUGGAGAAGUCUGAAGAACGUGGUAAACUGGCAAAAGCUCGGGAUGCAAGAUCUCUUACCAAUAUUGUGAAGGAUCUUGAAGCAAAGAAGAAACCACCAAGUUGAUUAUCUUGAAGGAUCUAAUAUACGCCAGAAACGUGGGCUUGAUAUUGGCAUCGAUUAGUUGCAGAGUUGUUUCCACACAAAGUAUAUAGAGAAGUAACCUAAAAUUUGAAUUUUUCUGUCACAUCUUUCUUUUUCCUUAUGAUUUUGCAGACAACCAGUUAGGUUUUUCCUCCGUGUUUUUGUUUGAACGGAAAUCAAUCCAGUUUUUUUAGAUGUAUUUUUUCCAUUAUUGAUGUAUAUUUGUAAUUUUCGUUUCUAUGAAACAAGAAGUUCAUGAGA